CCCUGCGCGGACCCGCCAAGCAUCCAGACCUGCUGAAACACUGGAGUGGACACAUGACAGUCUAGCUAGCUAGCUGGUUGAGCUAGUGCUGCUGCUAACCAUGUUUGUAGCGCGGAGUAUCGCUGCGGACCACAAAGAUCUUAUUCACGAUGUGUCGUAUGAUUUCCACGGUCGGAGGAUGGCGACGUGCUCCAGUGACCAAAGCGUAAAGGUUUGGGACAAAAGUGAGAAUGGGGAGUGGCACUGCACAGCCAGCUGGAAGACACACAGUGGAUCGGUGUGGAGAGUGACCUGGGCUCAUCCAGAAUUUGGCCAGGUCCUGGCCUCCUGUUCCUUUGACAGAACAGCUGCUGUUUGGGAAGAGAUCGUAGGGGAAUCCAAUGACAAGCAGAGAGGACUGAGCCACUGGAUAAAGAGAACAACCCUGGUGGACAGUAGAACUUCUGUCACCGAUGUGAAGUUUGCCCCUAAACACAUGGGUCUUAUGCUGACCACCUGCUCGGCAGACGGAGUGGUGAGGAUCUACGAGGCUCCUGACGUGAUGAAUCUGAGUCAGUGGUCCUUGCAGCACGAGAUCUCCUGCAAGCUAAGCUGCAGCUGCAUUUCUUGGAACCCCUCCAGCUCUCGUGCCCAUCCUCCAAUGUUUGCUGUGGGGAGUGAUGACAGUAACGUCACGUAUGGUGGGAAAGUUCAGAUCUAUGAGUAUAAUGAAAACACAAGGAAGUAUGCUAAAGCAGAGACACUGAUGACUGUCACUGAUGCUGUCCAUGACAUUGCGUUUGCUCCGAACCUGGGAAGAUCGUUCCAUGUGCUCGCUAUCGCAACUAAAGAUGUCCGAAUCUUUAAGCUUGUUCCUAUGAGGAAGGAGAGCACAUCAACGGGGCCCACUAAGUUCGAGGUGCAGAUUGUGGCUCAGUUUGACAACCACAACUCUCAGGUGUGGCGUGUGAGCUGGAACAUCACCAGCACCCUUCUGGCCUCUUCUGGAGAUGAUGGUUGUGUGCGCCUCUGGAAAGCAAACUACAUGGACAACUGGAAAUGUACAGGCAUCCUGAAAGGGGACGGCAGCCCACUCACCGGCUCCUCUGGCCAGCCCACAGCUAUGAGCACUGUGGUGGGCUCCUCAGUUCAGACCUCCCAGAAUGCCUUGAACGGGAUGGCUGCCGGAAGGUAUUUCUUUCCACCUCUGGAUACUCCCAGAGAAGGGACCAGGUAUGGUCACCUGUUGCCUCCCUCCUCCCUCAUAGAGCACUGUGAUGUUGAGCCCAUUCAGACUCAGCAACAAGCUCUUCCCCACAGACUCUCCUCUAGGGCUCUGCUGCCUUUACCAGAGGCUGAAGGGCAGUGAUGGGGAGACGAGGCGUGUGUUUUUCACCUGCAUGCAAUACACAGUCAAUGACAAUUUUGUGACAUUCAAUAACACUGCCAAGUAAGCAAUUUUAUAGCCA